AUGGAGCUGUGCGGUCCCAACAUGAGUGAGAGUGGAGGCUCUCUGUGCCAGGUGAAGCAACUUCCCUGCCACAGUGUCUCCCUUUGUCGCCUGCAGGCCAGUGGACACCACCUGCACAACCUCCCACACCUCACCCACCAGCCUUGGAAUAACCACCAAGCUCCGGCUGUGGCCUCCAGCCCAGCCGUGGCCAUCCGACACCGGGUAAAUGGAGCCAUGGCGGCCAGCUGCAGCAGCCCGGAGUGUGUGGCCUCCAGACUUGGAGAGGACGCAGCACUGGCCCCGAGCAUCUCCCCAGGGAAGGUGCUGGUGACAGGUGGAGCGGGAUACUUUGGCUUUAGGCUGGGGAGAGCGCUGGCCAGUCAGGGGAUGUCAGUGCUCCUUCUGGACAUGAACAAGCCUCCCUGUGACAUCCCUGAUGGAGCGAGCUUCUAUCAGAGUGACAUCCGGGACUAUUCCUCCCUCUAUAAAUUGUGUGAAGGGGUUGAUUGUAUAUUCCACACAGCAUCCUAUGGCAUGUCCGGGCCAGAGCAGCUGAGGAAAGAGCAGGUGGAGUCAAUCAAUGUCGGUGGGACCAAUAAUGUCAUAAACGUGUGCAAAGAGAGGAGCAUCCCCCGGCUAGUGUACACCAGCACCAUCAAUGUGGUGUUUGCUGGGAAACCCAUUGAGGAUGGUGAUGAGGCUUCAGUGCCGUAUUUACCUCCCGAUGCGCACAUUGACCACUACUCCAGAACUAAAGCUAUUGCAGAGCAAAUGGUCCUCUCAGCCAACGGAUGCUCCCUCAAAGGUGGAGGCCUGCUGCGGUCCUGCGUCCUACGGCCCUGCGGCAUAUACGGACCAGAAGAGAGGAGACACCUUCACAGAGUGAUGGUCAAUGUGGAGCGUCGGUUGUUCAGUUUCAGGUUUGGUGACCCCCGGGCCAGGAUGAAUUGGGUACAUGUAGAUAACUUGGUGCUGGCCCACACGCUUGCGGCGGAGGCUCUCACCCUAAAAAGGAGCUGUGUCGCUAGUGGACAGGUCUAUUUCAUUAAUGAUGGACUUUCGGUCAAUCUAUUUGAGUGGUUCACACCCUUGUUUGAAAAGCUGGGUUACAGCAGGCCGUUGAUAAAUCUGCCAGUUUCACUCGUCUAUUCUGCAGCCAUCCUGGUGGAAUAUUUGCAUGUGGUCCUGAGACCUGUGAUAGAAGUGCCUCUCCUUUUUACCAGAAGUGAGGUGAGGAACAUAGCAGUAAGCCACACCUUCAAGAUCGACAAGGCCCACCGAGAGCUUGGUUACUGUCCAAAACCCUACAGCCUAGCAGACUCUGUGGAGCAGUACCUGAAGUCCCGGCGGCCAUGCUCCAGCUCACCUCUUUUCAUCCUCUCCUGGACCUCUCAGCUGCCCAGACACCUCAUGCUGCUGCUGCUAAUGGGCCUCAGCCUUGUGCUACUGAUGUUGUGCUGCAUACUCAGUCAGGACUAA